AUGGACGCAGCUAAUUUCCUUUUGCUUUCAGCCUUGCUGGUGAUGCAUUUUGCCACAAUUGCUGGCGGUUUCAGAGUUGUUGCCACUAAAAAUAACACUCGUGAUCUGGAUGCUCUUCUUGCUCUGAAGGCAACCAUAUUAGAUCCCCAAAACAUCAUUCCAACCAACUGGUCCAGUUCUACCUCUCUAUGCAACUGGAUUGGAAUCACUUGUAACGCUCGCCAUCAAAGAGUUGCGGCCAUCGUGCUUCCUCACAUGGGGCUACUGGGAACCAUACCCCCAGAAUUGGGAAAUCUUUCAUUCCUCGUCCGGCUGAAUUUUGUGAAUAACAGCUUACAUGGACACCUUCCAACUGAGCUGUCUCAUUUGCGCCGAUUGAAAUACAUCGACCUGGAAAGCAAUGCGUUUGAUGGAGGCUUUCCAUCAUGGUUGGCGACUUUGCCUGAACUUCGGGUCUUGAACUUUUUAUAUAAUAACUUUUCGGGUUCGCUAAUGUCAUGUGGGAUUUCUAAUGUAACCAAGCUGGAGACUCUCAACUUGGGCCACAACUCAUUCACUGGAAACAUUCCUGACGAGUUCAGUGGCCUCAAGAACUUGAGUAUUGUAAACAUAGGACAUAACCAACUUACAGGCUCUCUGCCCCCGUCUUUGUUUAACCUUUCUUCACUGGAGAUACUUAGUCUUACAAAUAAUAGCUUAUCUGGUUCCCUUCCGGAACAUAUCUGCAAUCAUCUCCCUCAACUCCAAGGGCUUUUUUUGUCAAUCAACCAAGUUGAAGGUGAAAUUCCUUCCGGUAUCGGGAAAUGUUCAAGGAUUCAACAUUUUUCCUUCGCCACCAACAAAUUCACUGGAUCCAUACCGAGAGAAUUUUGGAAUCUGUCCAUGCUUCAGACAGUCUAUCUUGAAGAAAACUAUCUUAAAGGUCAAAUUCCAGAAGAUAUUUACAAUCUUCGGGAUUUUAGGCUUCUGGACAUAAGGGACAAUGAAAUGACCGGGACGAUACCUCAGGCAAUUGGUUACCUUAACAAGUUGGAGUAUUUAGCACUGGAUUCAAACAGGUUUACAGGUGCAAUCCCAGCCAAACUAUUCAAUAUUUCAUCAUUGCAAACAAUAUCGUUGGCAGCAAAUGAUCUCUCAGGCGGUCUGCCAACAACUUUAGGCAUUAUGUUACCCAGUCUUGAAUAUCUUUUUGUUGGGGGAAACAGACUAAGUGGAGUACUUGAACUGACAUCUAUCUCAAAUGCUUCAAGUCUCAUUGGUCUAGAUGUUAGUUUUAACCAAUUUACUGGUGCAAUUCCUCAUUCUCUUGGUGACUUAAGAUUACUAGAAGUCUUAGAUCUUAAAAGCAACAGUUUCUCUUAUAAGUCUAACUCUGGAGAAAUAAGCCUCUUGAUUUCCCUAUCAAAUUGCAGAUAUCUACAGGAGUUGGAAUUAGAUGAGAGUCCAUUAAAUGGCUUCCUUCCAACUUCUAUUGGAAAUCUUUCCAACAAUCUCAGAUUACUUUCUUUGAAUUACUGUGGAAUUUUUGGCCAAAUUCCAAGUUCAAUAGAAAAUUUAACCAGCUUGGCAGACCUGAGUUUGGGUGGGAAUGCUUUGGAAGGGAUAAAUCCAGCAAGUAUUAGAAGGUUAUCGGAGCUACAGAAAGUGGAGCUUGGUUAUAAUAGAAUUCAAGGACCCUUUCCAAGUGAGCUGUGUGAUUUGGUUAACUUAGGCAGAUUAAGUUUGAGCAGCAAUAUGGUUUCUGGGAGACUUCCUAGUUGCAUAGGAAACAUUACUUCCCUAAGAUAUCUAUAUCUGGAUUCCAAUAAUUUAACUUCUAAGUUGCCCUCAAACUUGUGGAGCCUAAGCGAUAUCUUGGAGCUGAAUUUGUCCACCAAUACUUUCCAAGGUUCUUUCCCACCUGAACUUCAAAAUUUGAAGGCACUGACCAUUAUGGACCUAUCUGUCAAUGACUUUUAUGGUGACAUUCCUUCAACAAUUGGAGCCCUACAGAUGUUACAAGAACUAUCCUUGAAGCAUAACAGACUACAAGGACCUAUUCCAGAUUCCAUGAAGAACAUGUUGGAAUUACAGUAUUUGGAUCUGUCAUUUAACAAUUUGACUGGUGCAAUUCCAAAGUCACUGGAGCUACUCCAGAAUCUUGUACACUUCAAUGUGUCCUUCAACAAACUAAGAGGACCAGUUCCUCAUGGAGGACCUUUUGCAAACUUUACGGAGCUAUCUUUUCUCUCAAAUGAAGCUUUAUGUGAUGCUCCAUGGCUCCAACCUUGUCAAACUUUUGAACAUAGAUCAAGGAAAAAGACUCUCUUGUUUGCAUUGUUGGCGGUUGGAUCAGCAAUGUUUGCCAUGGUCAUGUCAAUUUUGGUGAUAAGAAAGUGGAGAAGAAAAUUUGUGAUUCCAACUAAUUUUGUUGCGGAAGCAACAGUUGAAAGGGUAUCCUUCCAUGAACUUAGACAAAUGACAAAUGGGUUCCAUGAAGAUAUGUUACUUGGCUCGGGAGCCUUUGGUUCGGUUUACAAGGGAGUACGCGAAAAUGGGAUGACUUGGGCAAUAAAGACUUUUGAUUUGCAGCUAGAAGGUGCAUUUAAAAGCUUUGAUACAGAAUGUGAAGUCCUACGUAGUGUUCGUCACCGUAAUCUGACUAAAGUGAUCAGUGCUUGCUCAAGCCCUGACUUUAAAGCUUUGGUACUUGAAUACAUGCCUAAUGGAAGCCUUGAGAAGUGGCUUUAUUCAGGCAGUCAGAUCUUGAAUAUUAAGCAAAGGUUGGACAUUAUGAUAGAUGUGGCUUGUGGUUUGGAAUAUCUCCACUAUGGUUAUUCAACUCCAGUAGUUCACUGUGACUUGAAGCCUAGCAAUAUUCUUCUUAAUCAAGAUAUGGUUGGCCAUGUUUGUGAUUUUGGAAUCACGAAGUUACUGGGAGAUGGAGAAAAUGUGAUACAAACAAAGACCCUCGCUACAUUUGGAUAUAUUGCCCCAGAGUAUGGACUAGAAGGACUGGUCUCAACAAGUUGUGAUGUUUAUAGCUUUGGGAUUACAUUGAUGGAGACAUUUACAAAAAGAAGGCCUAAGGAUGAGAUGUUCACCGAAGAGUUAAGCCUAAGGCUUUGGAUAGAAGAAUCCGUACCAGAUUUUGCGAUUAAGGUUAUGGAUGCGGACUUACUUCAUCUUGAAGAUGAACUAGUCAAGAGUAAGUUAGCUUGCAUAUCAUCUAUCUUGCAACUUGGUUUAUAUUGUACAACAUAUUCUCCUGAGGACAGAAUGAACAUGAAAGAUGUUUUGAGAGCACUCCAGAAGAUCAAACUUCAAUUCUUUGAAGAGCCAAAACCUUUAAAGCAGACUCCUAAGGUGUAAUUCUGGUGAAUCCAUUUCUUUGACUCGCUGCACCAACCAAAUGCUUAAGGUUCAAGACAGGAGUGAGACGUGUGUUUUGUCAAAAGGGAUGUUAUUUUUCGUCAUUGUUGAUUUCUGUGGUUUUGUUAACGUUAUUCUUGCUUGUGGUUUGGACUUUGAAAACGAACUUUUAUGAAUUUAUGUA